AUGAACAAACUCGGCGUGAGCAUUCGUUUGAAUAAGCUACUCGCGCACCAGGGUUGGUGCAGUCGUCGGGAGGCCAACCGUUUCAUCGAACAGGGACUCGUCAAGGUCAACGGUGUAGUAUCCAGGGACGCCCGAGUAGCUCCUACGGACACGGUAGAACUCUUACCACAAGCCGUCACCGUGCAGGCCCAACAAAAGACGAUCCUCGUACACAAGCCUGUCGGUUACGUCUCGUCCCAACCCGAAACCGACUCCAUCCCCCAGGAACAAGCAUCCUCCCGCCGACUCUUUCAUCCGCGAACGCAAUUGGGUUGGGCCACGGCGGGACGUCUCGACAUUAACAGCACCGGACUCCUCGUAUUGACGCAAUCCGGACGCGUCGCCAAGACACUCAUUGGACCAGACGUGCGCGUCGACAAGGAAUACCUGGUCCGUGUCCGACCCUCGCCUUUCUUUGAUCGGAACCAAUCCACCGCGGCCGUCCUGGAGCGACUGCGCGACGGCAUCCGCGACGCGGGCGAACUAUUGCACGCCGUGUCGGUGGAACGAGUCAACACCGAUCAACUCCGCUUUGUCCUACACGAAGGGAAACAUCGACACAUUCGACGCAUGUGUCGGGCGGUGGGUUUGGAAGUGGAUGGCUUGAAACGGGUACGCAUUGGAGAGAUUGUACUGGGAAACUUGCCGGUUGGGCAGUGGCGCUAUCUCGCACCGCACGAAUCCUUCGUGCCGACUGUGGAAUCGAUCGGGCCACAGUGA